AAGCUUUAAAUAAAAAAAAAACGCCUAUAUAUAAUUUUAUUAAAAUUAUAUAUUUACAUAACUAUUACAAUAAAAGAAAAUAUAAAUCACAAUGUCACAUGAUACUAAAGAUUUAUCAUUUACUGGAAAUAAUCCUGGUGCAGCAAAAUUUGGCAACUUUAUAAACUAUUACUCUUUUCACAGUUCAAAAGAAAGAAUAAAUAACUUACAACCUAAAAUAUUUCCACAUACAGAAAGUGAAUAUAUUCAUUGUUUAGAUAUAGGCUGUAAUACUGGUGAACUUACAGAAGAGCUAUAUGUUUAUUUAAAAACUGUAUAUCCUAAGACUAAUAUAAAAAUUUUAGCCAUUGACAUUGACCCCACUUUAAUAGAAAGAGCUCAGGAACGAAACACUCAUAAUGGUAUAUCAUUUGUUACAAGAGAUAUAACUACUGAAAAUGGUUGCAAACUAAUACAGGAAUAUAUUAAAAGUGAAAAGAAAAAAAUGUUUGAUAUAGUUUUUUGUUUUUCUGUCACAAUGUGGAUACAUAUUAACAAUGGAGAUUCAGGAUUACAAAAAUUCUUAAUAUUUCUCAAAGAAAAUUCUAAGUCUAUUAUCAUAGAGCCACAACCAUGGAAGUGUUAUAAAAAUGCUCAAAGAAGAAUGAAGAGAUCUGGUCAAGUUUUUGAGUUAUAUGAGUCUCUACAUAUUCGAGAUAAUGUAGAUAAAGAAAUUGAGGAUAUUUUGUGUGAUAAGACACAUAUUAAAAUUUAUGAGUCACCUUCUUCUUCGUGGAAUAGAAAAAUCCAAUGUUAUCAUCUAAAAGAAUGA